AUGAUCGUUAGUGGUCGGUUAGGACAAGAUAUAGUUCCUUCCAUUCAUGAACUUCGACAAGUUAUAUCAAUUUAUGUGUACUGCAUGGAUAAAAGCCGUCAUGAACAAUGGGCUCGCAACUUUGCAAAAGUUAAAGCAGUUAUCGUUGAACUUAAUGAGCUCAUCUCUCGAAUUGAAACUGAUCACAGAAUGCACAAAAUCGUAGAAGAGCCAUUGUCAAUUAAUAUUUUUACUACAAGUACUAAUGCAGGUACAUCAACAAUGGGUGUAAAUGAAUCCAAUAAAAAGGAUAAAGAAGAGCUUAUUCAUCUUUGUAAACAGGAAUAUAAGGAGAACGACGCUGAAUUAAGCUAUAUUGAUGAAUUUGAAAAUACUUAUUCAUCUGAUCAAGUCUUGUGGUGGUAUACAAGACAGUCAUUCUUCUAUAAAACUCUCAAUGCUGCUCUACGUAAGCAAGAUAUUCAAUUAAUUUUUUUAUUUCGUGAAAUUAUUUCGCAUAUGUGUUAUCAAUUGAAAAAUAAUCAAGUUAAAGAUUCUCUACAACUUUAUCGAGGCCAGAUGAUGUCAAGUGAUGAAUUGAAAACUUUGAAACAAUGCCUUGAUCAGUUUAUUUCAGUGAAUUCAUUUUUUUCCACCAGUAUGGACAAACAGCAAGCUCUUUUCUUCCUCAACAAUUCUAGUACUACAGAAAACUUAGAACCGGUAUUGUUUGAAAUCGACGCUGAUCCUACAAUGGCCACUACAAAACCAUUCGCUGAUAUCAGUCCAUUUAGUGAAUUUCCCAGGGAAUCAGAAAUACUUUUUAUGCUUGGUUCUAUUUUUCGUUUGAAAAGCAUCCAUCGCAGUGGCGACAGUCAAGUAUGGGUUAUCCGAAUGGUUUUAUGUAGUGAUAAUGAACAUGAAUUAAAACAUGUUCUCAUGGAUAUGAAGCAACAAUUUGGAAGUGGAAAAAUGGAUCUUCGAACAUUAGGAACACUACUAUCCGAGAUGAGUAAAUUUGAUUUGGCCGAAAAAUAUUUUAUACGCUUGUUGGAACAACUGCCACUCGAUGACCCUUUACUUUAUGACUUAUAUCAGGAUCUUGGUAAAUUCGCAUCACAAGCCGGUAACUUCGACAAGUGUAUGGAAUGGCGUCAAAAAGCUAUUGGGCUAAAACAACAAGUCGAGUUAGCAGGUAAGCAAUCUUAUUAG